AUGGCAGAAGAUCUCAUGUCUUUCGCUGGACAAGACGAAGUUACAUGGAACGAUUCAAAGAUUCUUGAACUACUACCACACUGCAGCCAAGGAGUCAUUUUAUCGUUUAUUUCCUCUGUUCCGAUUCUCCACAAAUAUGUCCACAAAUAUCUUAGUAGUGCAAUGGUUCAAUUCCACAUUUUAUUUUCUAAGGCUACCGAUUUCUGGAUUAUUCUCUUUAGGGAUAAUGAAGAACUUCAAGUGGAUAUCGAAGGUAUUUGCCAGUAUCUCAGACAUUUGCAUAGAUUAUUCCAAAAUGAUAUUAACCUGCAGACUAGCGUUGCGAGGCAGUUCAUGAGAUCCCUUAAUGCAAAGAGAUCUGAUAAAAUAGCAAAUGAGCUUUUGAUGGAUGAAAUCAAGAUGUUUAAUCGUAUGCUUACUAGCGGCAAUUUGGCUGUAGCACAAUAUGAUUUCAAGUGCAUCAAAAUAUUGUUCAAGUUCUCUUUGCUAAAUAUCAGCAUAUCCAAUAGCAAACUUGAGUCAUCUUUUUCUACUGUCAGAGAUAUUCUCGGAGUACGUCUCAAUCGAUUGAGUAAAGGAAAUAUGACGUCUCAUUUGAGGAUAAAAUCCUUUCUCACCUCCACCGAUGGUGAUAAUAUCUUGGCUUUGAAAAAAAAGGGCUCUCAGAGGUUUAUUCAAGCUACUAUUGAACCAUCUGUAAAUGAUUCCAGUCAAUCAGAGACCCAAUGCAACAAUGAAGGCUUACGUGAUGAGGAAGAUCAUUAUGGUGAUAUAAGCCUAGCUACAGAGAUUGGAAUGUGUGAAAAACUGAAUGGUAAUGAUAUUUGUCCUGAAGCAGUGUUAUACUCUUCAAACAACAAUUAUUCUGCUGAUUAUGAUGGAUUAGAUGAGGUAGAAUCUCUUUUGUUCAUGCGUUAA